UCCCCUCCCCCGUGCUGUUCGUCGGCGGCGACCUGGUCGGCGGCGACCUGGCCGGCGGCCGUUAGGCUCCCAGAGGCCGUUCCUUCAGGCCUUUUCCUUCUGGGUGGUGGGGAGGCGGUCUCCCUGCCGUUACCGCAACCCUCCUCUCAGCGCCCAGCUCUCCUCGUGGGGAAACAGGCCGGUUGGGAUUUCGGGACUUUCCCGCCAGAGCAGGGUCAUCUCUCACGCGAAAGCUGUUUUCACCGGGAAGAUCAGCUUUCUGUAACACCUGCUUCCUCUCCCGCCUUCCGUGAGACCUGAAUGAUAUUUCUCGACUACUUCUGCGUCUCACGUAAACAUUUCUCCAACUCUUUUACUCUGGUAUCUCCCUGAGAUGUGAUAUCGCUAGUGCCACCACCAGAAAGAGACGUCUGGACCUUCCUGCCCAGGUUCUGAAAAUCCCCUUAACUGCCACGGUUUGCUUACCUGGCUCAUCGCCUUCUGGACUUUGUAUCCCUGCCAAAGUCAGUGAUGUGAAAAGACCUGACAUGGAUGAUAUUGCUGAUAGGGUGAGGAUGGAUGCUGGAGAAGUAACUUUAGUGAACCACAACUCCAUGUUCAAGACCCAUCUCCUGUCACAAACAGGUUUUCCGGAGGACCAGCUUUCACUUUCUGACCAUCAGAUAUUACCUUCCAGGCAAGGAAAUUUGGAUGGCUCUUAUACAUGUUCUGCAAGAAGUGCAGCUUAUGGUCCAAAUUAUUAUUCAGGAUUCUUUGUCAGCAAGAUGAGAUCUCCUCCCCUAAAAAGACAUAACCCUUCCUUAGACAGUUUUCUUGGCUCAGGAGACUUAAGAACCUUUGGCCAGAGUGCAAAUGGCCAGUGGAGAAAUUCCACUCCAGCAUCAGGUGCAGCUUCACAAAAAUCAAGAAACAGUAGAAGUCUUUACCUCGAAACCCGAAAGACCUCAAGUGGAUUAUCAAACAGUUUUACGGGAAAGUCAAAUCACCACUGCCAUGUGUCUGCAUAUGAAAAAUCUUUUCCUAUUAAAUCUGUUCCAAGUCCAUCUUGGAGUGGUUCAUGUCGUCGAAACCUUUUGAGCCCUAAGAAAACUCAGAGGCGACAUGUUAGUACAGCAGAAGAGACAGUUCAAGAAGAAGAAAGAGAGAUUUACAGGCAGCUGCUACAGAUGGUCACUGGGAAACAGUUUUCUGUAGCCAAACCCACCACACACCUAUCUCGAUGUCUUAGUUCCAGUAGGAAUACUUUGCAAGACUCACUGUUUAAAAAUGGAAACUCUUAUGCAGCUCAGAUUAUUGGCUCUGAUACGUCAUCAUCUGGAUCUGCCAGCAUUUUAACUACCCAGGAACAACUGUCUCACAGUGGAUAUUCCUUAUCAUCUUAUACUCCAGAUAUUUCAUUUAGAUCCAAAGAUUCUGAUCCUCUCCAUCAGCUCCAACAUCACCACUCUCUUCCACAUCAGCCAGAUAACGUUUCUGCUUCAAAUACACAAUCUAAAGGAUCAGACUCUGUGAUUUUACUCAAAGUGCAAGAUUCCCAGACUCCAGCUCCCAGUCCUACUUUUUUCCAGGCAGAGUUGUGGAUCAAAGAAUUAACUAGUGUUUAUGAUUCUCGAGCACGGGAAAGAUGGCGCCAGAUUGAAGAGCAAAAAGCACUGGCAUUACAGCUUCAAAACCAGAGACUGCAGGAACAGGAACAUUCAAUACAUGAUUCAGUAGAACUGCAUCUUCGUGUACCUCUUGAAAAGGAGAUCCCUGUCACAAUUGCCCAAGAAACAGAAAAAAAAGGUCGUAAAUUAACUGAUAGUGAAGAUGAAUUUCCCGAAAUCACAGAGGAAAUGGAGAAAGAAAUAAAGAAUGUAUUUCGUAACGGCAACCAGGAUGAAGUUCUGAGUGAAGCAUUCCGCUUGACCAUUACACGCAAAGAUAUUCAAACUCUAAACCAUCUGAACUGGCUCAAUGAUGAGAUCAUCAAUUUCUACAUGAAUAUGCUGAUGGAGCGAAGUAAAGAGAAGGGAUUGCCAAGUGUACAUGCAUUUAAUACCUUUUUUUUCACUAAGUUAAAAACGGCUGGUUAUCAGGCGGUGAAGCGCUGGACAAAGAAAGUGGAUGUAUUUUCCGUUGAUAUUCUUUUGGUGCCCAUUCACCUGGGAGUGCACUGGUGUCUUGCUGUUGUGGACUUCAGAAAGAAGAAUAUUACCUAUUAUGAUUCUAUGGGUGGUAUAAACAAUGAAGCCUGCAGGAUCCUUUUGCAAUACCUAAAGCAAGAGAGCAUUGACAAGAAAAGGAAAGAGUUUGACACCAAUGGCUGGCAGCUCUUCAGCAAGAAAAGCCAGGAAAUUCCACAGCAGAUGAAUGGAAGUGAUUGUGGGAUGUUUGCGUGCAAAUAUGCUGACUGCAUUACCAAAGACAGACCAAUCAACUUCACACAACAACACAUGCCAUACUUCCGGAAGCGGAUGGUCUGGGAGAUCCUCCACCGAAAGCUCUUGUGAAGACCGUCUCUUUUAGCAGACAUUGACAUUGUGGGGGACCAGCUCUUUGUUGUCUACAGCCAGAGACCUUGGAAACAGCUGCUCCCAACCUUCUGUUCUUGUAAAGCCCUUGAUCCUGGACCAGGCCCUGGCGAGAUGCAUUCACAAGCACAUCUGCCUUUCCUUUUGUAUCUCAGAUACUAUUUUUGCAAAGAAACUUUGGUGCUGUGAAAGGGGUGAGGGACAUCUCUAAGCUGAAGAGAGAGACUGCUUUUCACUUCUUCAGUUCUGCCAUCUUGUUUUCAAA